CGGCGAGCCAGCUCGCGAGCAAACAGCACGUUAGCGAGCUUGCUCUGGCAGUACGCUAGUCCGCUGUUGUAGCUGCCCUGGCUGUGAAGGUCGUGGAAGCGGAUCCAUCCAAAGUUGUGCGCCAGGGACGACACCACCACGAUCCUCGCCGGGGCGCUGCGCUUUAACAGGCCGAUGAGGAGGGAGGUCAACAGGAAGUGGCCUUACAGAGAGGAACGGCGGCAUGUUACUUCCGGUGUAGCGAGAAGAAACUGCGAACGGGGUCUUACCUAAGUGAUUGACUCCGAUGUGCAUCUCGAAGCCGUCGUUGGUUUUGGUGUAGGGGCACAUCAUGACCCCGGCGUUGUUGAUGAGGACGUGGAGAUGAGUGAAGUCUGAACAAGAGGAAGAACAUCAACAACGAAGAAGACUCACAAACGUCCUUCAGCUAUUCUUCACCUCUUAGGAAUUGCUGUGCAAAGGAUCGUAUCGAGCACGUGUCGGCCAAGUCCAGCGCCCGAACCUCCACUUGUGCUUUUGGACAAGAGAACCGGAUGCUAGCGGCCGCCUCCUCGCCUUUAUCAACAUCCCGGCACGCCAUAAUCACCUGAGCUCCUGCGGCAUAAAACACGGUCCUCGUUGAUCCGAAGGCUGAACGUGUACGGAACAGUAUUUCUAAAUUCACCUCGUGUUGCCAGAUCCAGGACCGUCUCCUUCCCGAUGCCGGUGUUGGCCCCGGUAAUGAGGACCGUCUUCCCAUCCAGACGAGCCGAAGACGUGCAAACGCCUCCUGCUGCAUAUCUUCUGUUGGAAAAAAGCAACCAUUAAGAUGCAUGACAGCAAGGUAAGGAAAAUGUUAUGUUUAUAUAUUUCAUAUCAGCUAUUUAAUAUAUAUUUCAUAUGCAACAAACACCACCUGGACAAUCAAUAACAUUGGCUUAAUUAUUGACACACACACGUAAAAAGCAAGUCAAGUCAAGUCGUACGAGCGUCCCAUCCAGCACGUCGGCCACGGAACCAAUAAGACCCCUGACCACGCCCAUUACAACCACAUGCUGCCUCCUGAUAGGCUCAAAUCUCAACCGCUCCAUCCGUACCAAAAAACGCCCCCCUCCUACACAGCCGUUAUUCUGCCCCAUUGAUUUAUCCAUCGGGAAAUCGUGUGGAAUCAAACCCAUUAAAGCACCCGAUGUACGUUUUUGUCUAACGCAGAUAUCCCUCGCCAUACCAAAGUACGUCCAUGAGAUGAGAAUAAAUAAAAAUGUGCUGUCAAACGGACCCCCCCAAUCCGUCAAAAGGUGCCAUCUUACCGUAUGUGAGUCGCAAAUAAAAGCACCAAUAACGUCGCCACGCCGAAGACGGCGACGAAUAAUAAAAACCACAUUUUUAGCACAAGAGCUGCAGGAUGCUGUUGCCUGCUUGCUAGCACAACAGCUGAUGAGGCGAGCGAGCGAUUGAGCGCGAAUGGAAUUGUGGGGUGUGUAGUUUUUCCCGCCCUUACAGCCGCUCCCACAAAACGCCAACCGAAUCAUGGGAUUUGUAGUUUCUUUCGCUUGUUAUCCUGGUUGCUAGUCAAUAUACUUGACAAUUUUACGUUAUAUUUCAUUUAACGACGACAGAAAUCCAUUGACAAGGACGCUUUAACUAACCACUCUGGUUAACUCCGGUAACUGAUUCACUAUUACCCGGAAGGUGCCAGUGAAAGCUGCCCGAGAAGCGCCUGAUCAUAAUACUUUUGUGGUUUAUUUAAAGUUUUAAAUAAACAUAUUAUGGAAGUAUUAUUUUUUUACACUGCGCACACGUCAUGAAGAUAACAUUCUACAUGUUUUGUUUGACUUUAAAAACAAUUUACUUGACCCGUGUUGAAUUUUGUUCCGGAGUUAUGACCACUUGAUCACGAGGACCAUCAUGCGGAAGGAAUUCGAUGAUCGUCGUUAUUAUUAUUCACGGCUCGACUCAACAAUUUUAGUGGCGUCCCAAAUAAACAAAAAGUCACGGGGCAACGAAAAUGUCAUCGGAGGAAUUUGAGAAGUUACACGAAAUCUACAGGUCACUGUAUGAGGAGCUAAAGCUAAUGCCGGAGAGUCUGCUGAGGAGCCAUGCAGAGGAGAAGAAGAGACUGUUGAGGGUCUUCGAUGAGAGGAAGGGGGAGGCUGAGGAAAUUUUGCAAGGAAUGGAGGAAGAGCUGCAUGACGCACCAGCCUCGUACAGAAAUCCGAUGAGGACGAAGCUGCGUCUGUACCAGCGAGACCUUGGCAAGCUGCAGAGGGACAUGAAGAACUCGGCGGCUUCGCAGAUGUCAGACGGAAGUCACGGCGGCAUCUAUUCAUCGCAGAACCAACAAAGUACGCGCGUGCAGUCGCAGAGAGCGUUGCUCCUACAGGGCACCGAGUCGCUGCACAACGCCAGCCAAAGCAUCGAGCGAAGUCAGCGCCUCGCUGCCGAGACGGAGCACAUUGGCUCGGAUAUCAUUGAGGAGCUGGGAGAACAGCGGGAACAACUGGACCGCACCAGGAACAGAUUGGAGAAUACAGGAGAGAACCUCAGUCGGUCGCGAAAGAUCCUUCGGUCUAUGUCUCGGCGACUGGUGACAAACAAGCUGCUGCUCGGUGUCAUCAUCCUCAUGGAGAUGGCCAUCCUGGGCGCCGUGGUUUACCUCAAGUUCUUCCGACGGUGAGGACAACCAUAGCGGUCGUCUUGGACCGGGAUUCUGGGUUCUACAGGGUCUAAAAUCUUCCACCUGCCCUCCCAACGUCUCGGCGAGAUGAGGACGACGCUCCAGUGUCACACCAGAGGCUCCGUGGAGUCCAGUGAAAAGCGUCCUAUGGGAUGAAGGCAUGAUGAACUGUGUGCUUUCUCCAUGAGGUAUUCACCCACUUGCUGAUUGACGCUAUUUAAGAUUACUCACUUGUAUGAUGACCUUUAAGCAGCAGUAAAUAGAAGACAUGACUUUUCUAUUAUACAUAAUGGCAGAUUUCAAUAUCAUUUAAUAUCGUCCAACAAAUCCCCACCAAACGAGAGUCAAGUUGAGCCGACAAGUUAAAAGUCGACCGCGGUCAUGCUGUCCGGCGUCGAAAUGCGGUCUGCUAGCAUCCUCUCUGCAAAGUAACGCAGUUUCUUUUGCGGGGAGCGCCCGAGGGGGCAAGGCCCUCGUCGGCCAGGAGCCCGCAUUAACCCUCCGAUGUACACGGUGCAGCCCGCCGUGCCGCCCGUAAACCUCCGCACCCCCUGUAGCUUUUUUUCGAACGCUGUCUGGAUGAGUCAUAACGGGACGCGUCUUUUUCCUGACGUUAAACAAGAUCAUCAUUCAGAUGAUCAUGGACCCGCCUUGUUCGAUCCUAACUCAACGGAAAUAUUCGGCUAUAUUUUUUUGACGCGUGGUUAACGUAUGCGCGUCACGUUUGACCCUCGACCCACACUCUAGUUUGGGGACUAUGGACAAUGAAAAGGGUCAAACCGAGCCUCAAAGACCCGGCAGAUGGCUCGACUGACCAGGUCGACAAAAGCCGAACCCAAAUGCCGCCCGCUGGACCCAGCUGGAAAAACCGCCGGAGAACCUCGGCAUCAGUUUUAGAUACGAGCCGUCUCUCGGCUGAUUUUAUUUCUUUCAAGCUAAAGUUUGGGUUACACGCUACUAGUUACCGGCAGGCAAAGCCCAAGACAGCUAUUGGAGGGCUUGUCACCUCAGUAUUUUGGGUGUGCCCUGGUCAGUACACCCAACACCCGUUAUUGAUUAGUGAUCAGGUGGAGUGUGUCCUUGAACUGCUGUGUUUGUCAAAGAGGACAAAAUAAAGGUUGCAUUUUCAAAA